UUAUCUGUUAGUCAGUUGAGUUUCAACAGAGCGUCGAGAAGGUUGUAUAAUGAGGUUACUUUACUUUGCAUUGCUGCUACUUUGGUUUUGGAGCCAAAGCGAAGCUAAAGUAAAAGUGUCCUGCAAGGACGAGCAAGGAAAUGACGUAGAUUGGUGGCACUUGUACAAGUUGCCCAAGCACUACCAGCACAAUGAUUUGGGAAAGGAUACCACUGGGCUGCGAUACUUGUACUUGACCAGCCAGAGUUACAGUACUUGGCAGCUGUCUGGCAAAAGGAUCAACGAAGCGGAAUCCCUGCCUGCUCAGACCCUGAAUCCCAUUAAUGCCGAUCCUAACCACACCCUGCUGGCCGUCUACAACGAUCAGCAGCCGAAUGGGACUGUUUUCAGCACCGGAGGACACGCCAAGGGAGUGGUGGCCAGUGACGGAGAGACUGCCAUCUGGCUGGUGCACUCGGUGCCAGGAUUUCCAACCGUACCCGACUACUCGUACCCCACCACAGGGGAGCAGUACGCCCAGAGCAUGCUCUGUGUCACUUUGAAGGCGGAGGACCUAGAGAAGGUGGGCCAGGUGCUGGUCUACAACGAGCCCCACUUCUACUACCAACGGAAUCCCUUAUUCGCUAGCUCCGACGAGCUCUUCCCGAGCCUGGAACGCGCCUUGCAUGAGCAGUGGCGCACGGAGUCACCUUUCCAAAAGGAUGUGGAGGUGCGCAGCUUGGACGGCAAGAAGUUCCACCUGUUCGGCAAAAGUGCCCGUGCAAAUGUGGAGCUUUAUGCUGAUGUGGUGGCCCCUGUCCUGGACGUGAGCCUGUUUGUGGAGGCUUGGCGUGAUGGCACCGGCAAUCUGCCCAACAGCUGCGAAAAGAAGGACAAGAUCCUUAAUGUGGAGGCCAUCGCCAAUGAGCAGCUUUCGGUGAACUUUAAGACCACCCAGGAUCACUCCAAGUGGGCGGUGUCUCGUCCCACGGGCAUCCUCAUCUACCGCUGGCGCGUGGGUGGCGGAGACUGGAUCUGCGUGGGCGACAUCAACCGCCAGCGGGGUCAGCUGAACCGUGGGGGCGGCACGGUGUGCCACAAGAGCGCCAGUGUCUCGAAUCUGUAUCGCCAGCUUGUGGCUAACUGGGACAAGUGUGCCGAGGAGUAAUGGAUGCAUUAAUAAAGUACAUAUUGUUGAAAAAAAAACCGAAUUAAAUCGAAUAAUUAA